CAAUUUCUCAAACAUUAAAAUGGCGUCGUUGUCGAGCUUAUUACCUGCUCCCGUACAGCAGGUAUGGGACAGGGACGACGAACAAAAAGCGAAGCGAGUAGGAAGUGCCUUAGUAGUUUCCCAAACCAGUGUACCACCGUAUGGUCAAAGGAAAGGAUGGAUACCACGAGCAGAAGAAGAUUUUGGAGAUGGUGGAGCCUUCCCCGAGAUCCAUGUAGCUCAAUACCCCUUGGGUAUGGGGGCUCGUGGCAAGGAGAGCACUUCAAAUGCAUUGGCUGUACAAUUGGAUGAGUCUGGUCGAGUUAAAUAUUCGGCUAUAGCUAGACAAGGCCAUGGUGCUGAUAAGAUAAUAUACUCAAAAUUGACAGAUCUUCUACCAGCGGAAGUGUUAGCAGAAGAUGAUCCAACAUUACAAAAACCAACAGAAGACGAUAUUCAAGAUAUUACGGAAAAAACUAAAUUGGCUCUUGAAAAAUUGACAAACGCUAAGAUAUCAGCGGCUAUGCCUGUUAAAGCUGCACCCAAAGCUGCACCGGCCCAAUACAUAAGGUAUACACCGGCGCAACAAGGUGGAGCGUUCAAUUCUGGCGCUAAACAGAGAGUUAUUAGGAUGGUAGAAGCGCAAUCGGACCCGAUGGAGCCCCCCCGCUUCCAGAUCAACCGCAAGAUCCCCCGCGCGGCGCCGUCCCCGCCCGCGCCCGUGCUGCACUCGCCCCCGCGCCGCGUGUCCGUGCGCCAGCAGCGCGACUGGAAGGUGCCGCCCUGCGUCAGCCACUGGAAGAACGCUAAGGGUUACACAAUACCUCUGGAUAAGCGAUUAGCAGCGGACGGCCGAGGGCUACAACAAGUGCACAUUAAUGAGAAUUUCUCCAAACUAGCCGAAGCUUUGUAUAUAGCCGAUAGGAAAGCAAGAGAAGCAGUGGAAGCGCGUGCGCAGCUUGAAAGAAGAUUAGCGCAAAGAGAGAAGGAGAAGAAAGAAGAACACUUGAGAAUGUUAGCGCAGAGGGCCAGAGACCAUAGGGCUGGUAUAAGAGCACCGGAAGAGGAAACGGAAGCGCCAGCAGCGGAAGUCGAAGGAGAGUCGGCGGAGAGAGACAAGUUACGCGCUGAGAGACACAAGGAGAGACAGAGAGAUCGGAAUCUAGCUCGUGCAGCGCCGGAUAAGCGUUCCAAAUUAGUAAAGGAGCGUGAGAGAGAUAUAUCAGAACAGAUAGCUCUCGGCUUGCCAGCAAAGACCAACCAGGGUGGGGAAGCCAUGUUCGAUCAGCGGUUGUUCAACAAUUCCAAAGGAAUGGAUAGCGGCUACGGCGACGACGAGGCGUACAAUGUGUACGACAAGGCGUGGCGCUCGGAUGCGGUCGCUUCGCACAUCUACCGACCCACUCGGAAUGCAGAUACAGAAAACUAUGGCGGCGAUCUAGAUGCGCUCGCUAAUACCAGACGUUUCGUGGCUGACAAAGAGUUUGCGGGCACAAGCAGUACGAACACGCGUUCUGGACCGGUUCAGUUCGAGAAGAAUCCACGCGCUGAGCCCAGUCAAACCCGCAACCCCCGGCAACCGGAGGCGGACUUCGACCCGUUCGGUUUGGAUCGGUUCCUGAGCGAAGCGAAGCGGGCGGACAAGAGUUCGCGCAAACACGAACCGCAGGCGAAGCGGAGGCGGGACUGACCACAGAUUGCUGUAUUCCACUGUUGUCUAUAUUUUAUAGAUAUUAUUGUUUCGAGGCCGGUCAACAUAUUAUAUCGAUCUUUUUCGCUAAAGUUUCUUAGCAAAUGUUUAUUUGUCGAAAAAUACUUCCAAUUUUCGACAAAUAAACUUGCUGUUUAACUAAAAGAGAACAUUUAGAUCGAUUUAAUAUAGAAACCGGGGUUUAGUUGUAAAAAUAGAAUUAAGUUAAUUUUUUAUGAAAUAAACAUUUUGACACCAAAAA